AUGGGCGUCGAUCUGACUGGUAUCUCCAAGAAGAGUCGUGUGGUUCGCCACCACACGUACUCAACGAACCCCUACAUCAAGUUGCUGAUCAAGCUGUACAAGUUCCUCGCGAAGCGCACAAGCUCUGGCUUCAACAAGGUUGUGUACCAGCGCCUGAUCAAGAGCCGUAGCAACCGAGCCCCGAUCUCGCUGAGCCGUAUUGCUGUCGUCAUGAAGCGCAAGGCUGUCUUCACCGCAAAGUGCAAGAAGGCCCCGAUUGCCGUCGUGGUCGGCGAUGUGCUGGAUGAUGUGCGCAUGGCCCGUAUCCCCGCGAUGCGCGUCUGCGCCCUGCGCUUUUCCAAGAACGCGCGCCAGAGCAUCGUCGCCGCCGGUGGUGAGUGCCUCACCUUCGACCAGCUCGCCAUGAUUGCUCCGACUGGCAAGAACACGUACCUCAUGCGUGGCCGCAAGUCUGGCCGUGAGUCUGUGCGCCACUUCGGCGCCUCUGGCGUACCUGGCAGCCACUCGAAGCCGUACGCGACCAACCGUGGCAAGGAGACGAAGCGCGGCCGCCGCCCGGGUCAGUCGUACAAGCGCAAGGCCUUCCGUCACGUCUAA